AUGAUUGGAGAAAAUUCUGAAUGCCUGAUUCCUGAACAAAAUAUAUGUGACGGAAAGUUCGAUUGUAUUGGAGAUUCAGAAAACCGACUGAGACAAGAGUUUGCAUGUAUUCCACGGACCGGGGGUCUUUCGCGAAUUACUGCCUCGAUAUGCGACGGGAGAGAUGAUUGUGCAGAUUCUAGUGAUGAAGAAAAAUGCCACGCCACAAGCGAUUGUCCAAUAGGUUUUGGGAACAACCGCUCACCGGAUGAAAAAUGCGGUUUCAAAUGUCCUAACGAACGGAUAUGGUCAACAAGAUGUGACGGAAUUUCUCUCUGCACCGAAUUCCGAUAUGAAGAAUGUGAGGGAUGUCUGAACAAACCGCAAUUUUGUGUUAAUAUUGGGGAUAGUAGAGAAGACAAGUUUAAAUGUAAGGAAUGUGAUGAGAGGCACUACAUGGAUGGUCCAUGGAUCCAAUGUCAAAUCAAGGAUAUAUUGUUUGGCUACCAGAUUUGUAACGGAUAUAGAGAUUGCAGAACUGAAACGACCAAAACUAACGACGAGUUGAAUUGCCCAAAGAGAUUUUACUGUAAAAGCGGAUUACCGAUCAACAUUCCCGAUUCAAAACUAUGUGACACGAUUCAGGAUUGUGAAGACGAUAGCGAUGAAAUGUACUGUACUGAUGAAACACAUUUUUAUUGCGAAGAUGGCGGGAAAGUGUUAUACAUAAACAGAAAUAAGGCCUGUGAUGGGGCCAAGGAUUGCACCAGUGGGAAAGAUGAAGUGAAAUGUCGUCAAGAAUGCACAAACAGCGUUUUUUCAAACGAAGAAUAUAUGAUUGAAAAUAAAUACUUUUUGAUAGCAGCAUGGAUAAUUAGUAUAUCAGCUGUUGUAGGAAAUAUUCUUGUCAUCAUCUGUUCUGUUCAUGAUUUUUUCUGUCGCCGGGGGAGACCAAAAGGAAACGAACGAAAAAAUAAAUUGCUGUUGUUGAACCUUUCAAUUUCUGAUCUAUUAGUUGGGAUAUACAACCUUUCUAUCUGCAUCCAAUCUCAUAUAUCUUCCGGUCAUUACUGCCAAGAGGACCAAGAAUGGCGAAGUGGAAUAACUUGUUCAGCUCUGGGAGCUAUUUUAGUCAUCGGUUCAGAAUCGUCAGUUUUUACAUUAAUUUUGCUUAGUUCUUUCAGAUCAAGAACAAUAUCAAAAUCAUUCGAGAGAUUUCCACUGAAUUGGUUCUUCAAAAUCAUAGCAUUAUCUUGGAUUAUUUCAAUCAUCCUUGCCUUGUUUCCGCUACUCCCCUUUGCAGUUUUUGAAGAUUAUUUCAUUGAUAGUGUCAGGUUUGCUGACAAUCCGUUUUUUGCAACUGUCAAAAGUAUUGAAGUUGAUGAACUGAACAAUUGGUUUCUCGUGACAGGAAUUAUCAACACUAAUAAUUCCACAAUUACUGGAUCCUGGGAUAUGCUUGAACAUUUUGCAAUGCAAAUAAAUCCAAACUACACAAUAGUUAAGAAAUUUGGAUAUUACUCAGCACACAGCGUUUGUCUCCCUCGUUUGCUCCCGGACCCCAAAACAAACAAAUCAUGGGGUUAUUCGCUCAUAUUUAUGUUGAUAAAUUUCUCCUCUUUCUUCGUUAUUUUCAUUAGUUACGUCAUAAUAUACAGGAAAUCUGUAGAAACCAACCUAGCGGUGGAAUCAACUAGUUCAGGCAGAUCUAAGGCUUUGCAAAAAAAAAUUAGCUUCAUCUUGUUAACGGACUUUUGCUGCUGGAUGCCAGUUUGCAUUAUGGGAAUUUUACAAGUAAUCGGCAUUGAUAUAUCACUGGAUGGCUACCUUGCAAUUUCUCUUUUCUUGAUCCCCAUCAACAGUGCAUUUAAUCCAGUAAUCUACUAUUUGGAGCCUUCAGUUGUAUGGAAAAACUUAAGUUCCAAAUUCUGUAGGCGCCGGGUGAAAGAUGAAAUCGACCGAAUGGAAGCUCAUAAAGGAUCAGGACCUCGAAAGAGUGCAAUCGGCGUGGGAAUUCAACAAUCAUCAACCACAGGAAUACGGAAGCAAGAUGGCAUGGCGAAUAUGUGACGGUGAUAUAGUGGAACUGUCCCACGAGAAUGCCGUGAACCAGUUGCGACAAGAGAGAAUACAUAUUCACUUUUUAUAUGAAUUUUUUUCCACCAUGAUACAAAAAAGACGUUCGAAAUAUGUUGAUAAAAUUGCACAACUUCACAGGCAUUAUUUUCAUCAUUUCUUAGUUGAUAUGGAUUUUAUUUGAUUUUUGAGCUAUGCUUUUGUUUAAGUACAUAUAUAAAUGUCAAAACACCAAUGCAAAUAAUGUAGCAUUGUCAUUUAAAAACUUUAUACUAUUAUUAAAAGUAAUAAAUUUUCACUCG